GAUUCUAUUCAUCACAUUGGAACGGUGUGUCGAAAAAACAUACAAUAUUUAAUUGAUUUUAUUUUGAUUUAAAUAAUAUGAAAAUAAAAAAUGAUGACUGAAAGACCACAAUACUGUCGUGCUAUUAGUAUAUUUUCUAAUUUAGAGCCAAAGAAAAAAACAAAUUUAAUUCCAAUAAAUGAACUACAAAAGAAAAGAUUAGAAGUUGCUUCUGGAGAAAUAAAAUCAAAUUGGGUGACAAUAUGCCAUCAUUUUAGUCCAAGUAUUCAAUCCUUAUUGUUAAAUCUACAUCAGCUGGUAUCUGAACAGUACAAUGAAAUAUGUUCACAAUCAUCUCUUGUUAUUGACCAAUUGUCACUACAAAUUUUACAACGUCUUAUUCAUGAAAAAGCCAUUAUGACAAAUAAAAAUAUUCAAAUAAUUAAAGAACUAUUAGGUACACAAGAUGAUAAAGCUAAUCGAAAAAUAGCUGAAUUAAUCGAAAAAAUCCAAUCUAUGUUAAAGCCAGAAGAGAUAGAAUUGAUUAGUAACCUCAAUUCUGAAUCAUCUGAUAUUCAAAAUGAAGAGUUUGAUAUUUUUUCAUCAGGCUACUCAUUUAAACCAACUUCCACUUGGACUGAUAAAUUGACAUUUCACAAUAUUAUAGAAUUAGAAAAGAAUCAAGACUCUAUUAACUUUUCGAUGAUUUAUCAAAAAACUAAAAAAGAACCUAAACAAGAAGAUUUUGAUAAAAAAAAAAUUUUGUCUGAAUUACGAGAAUGUUAUAAAAAAUAUAGUGAUCAAAUGUUAUUCGAAGAUUUUUUAAAUAUCAUAGAGAAUAGUUUAAAAAAUAAUUCUGAAAACCUCCAAGCCGAAUUAUUCGAUAUUUUUGGCUGUAAUCAUAUAAAUUUUAUUGAACAUAUAUUAAAAAAUCGUGAAAAAGUAGCUUCACUUAUUACGUGCCAAAAACUAUCAAAAACAAUGAAUCAUAGAAUUGAAGAACGACCAUUAUAUGGAUGUCAAGUAAUAGUGCAAUCAGAAAAAGAAAAACAGUUAUUGAAACAAGUACGAAAAGAAGAGAAAAAGAUUUUAAAAGUGACGAAUAAAUUAGACAUUGAUGAUACUUCUGAUGAUGAAAUUAAUACAAUGAAUUUGCGUAAUAUAAGACAUCAAGCAAUAUUGGCUUCACAAGCUCCAGUUUUGUCAUGUCCCAAAAAAACAUUUCUUCGUUUAAACACUUCAAGAGAACAAUACCCUUUUGUUUUUGAUUCACAAGCUAAAACAAAAACCACUCCAGGAUUUGUAUCAGGACAAAAAUUGUUAUUACCAGAAAAUGUCAUUAGAAAAGACUCUACUUUAUGCGAAGAAGUUGAAAUACCUGUAUUGGCUAUUGAUAGUGAUGAAAUACAAUAUACUCCAAUAAAAAUAUCAUCUCUAGAUGAAAUAGGACAAAUGGCAUUCAAUGGAGUUGAAGCUUUAAAUAGGAUACAAAGUAUUGUCUUUAAUAUUGCAUAUAAUAGCAAUGAAAAUUUAUUAAUUUGUGCACCAACAGGUGCUGGAAAAACAAAUAUUGCUCUACUAACAGUAGUUCACCAACUUAAAUUACAUAUUGAUAAUGGAGUAUUACAAAGAAAUGACUUUAAAAUAAUUUAUAUUGCUCCAAUGAAAGCUUUAGCUGCUGAAAUGACUGCUAAUUUCAGUAAAAAACUUUCAAGACUGGGUGUUUUAGUACGAGAGCUCACAGGAGAUAUGCAACUGACCAAAAGUGAACUUCAACAAACUCAAAUGAUAGUUACAACGCCAGAAAAAUGGGAUGUAGUAACACGAAAAGGUACUGGAGAUAUUGCACUUACAAGUAUUGUAAAGCUUUUAAUUAUUGAUGAAGUUCAUUUACUUCAUGGAGAUCGUGGUCCUGUAGUUGAAGCUCUAGUAGCACGUACUCUUCGACAAGUAGAGUCAUCACAAAGUAUGAUAAGAAUUGUUGGAUUAUCAGCAACAUUACCAAAUUACGUAGAUGUUGCAAGAUUUUUACGUGUCAAUCCUUACAAGGGUUUGUUUUAUUUUGAUCAUCGCUUUCGUCCUGUACCACUUUCUCAAACAUUUAUUGGAGUUAAAGCCAUCAAACCAAUGCAACAAAUAAAUGAUAUGGAUCUUGUCUGUUACAAUAAAGUUGUUGACAUGGUAAAAAAAGGUCAUCAAGUUAUGGUAUUUGUUCAUGCACGUAAUGCAACUAUUCGAACAGCAACUAAACUAAAAGAAUUUGCACUUCAAAAUGAAAUGAUAAAAAUGUUUAAACCCGAAGGUGAUUUCGUUAAGUUAACUCAAAAAGCUUUUACGAAUUCACGAAACAAGUUUUUAGGAGAACUUUUUUCUCAUGGAUUUUCAAUACAUCAUGCUGGAAUGUUAAGAUCAGAUAGGAAUAUGGUAGAAAAAGCAUUUUCUCAAGGAGCAAUAAAGGUUUUGGUGUGCACGUCAACAUUAGCUUGGGGAGUAAAUUUACCAGCACAUGCUGUCAUUAUUAGAGGAACAGAAAUUUAUGAUUCUAAACACGGAUCAUUUAUUGAUCUAGGAAUUUUAGAUGUAUUACAAAUUUUUGGACGUGCUGGUAGACCACAAUUUGAUACUUCAGGUCAAGCAAUUAUUAUAACAUCACAUAAUAAAUUAUCACACUACUUGUCUCUUUUAACUAACCAGUUUCCAAUUGAAAGUAACUUUAUAACAUACUUGGCUGAUAAUUUAAAUGCUGAAAUAGCUCUUGGUACUAUAUCAAAUGUCGAAGAAGCUGUAGAGUGGUUAAGUUAUACUUAUUUAUAUGUUAGAAUGAGACUUAAUCCUAUGGCAUAUGGAAUUUUAUACCAAACAGUUUUAGAUGAUCCAAAUUUAGAUGCAAAACGGAAAGAAUUGAUUGAUACAGCAGCCAAGUCACUCGAUAAAGCAAGAAUGAUUCGAUAUAAUGCCAGAAUUGGUGAACUUAGUUCAACUGAUUUGGGACGAAUUGCUAGUCAUUAUUAUUUAAAGUAUGAUACGAUUGAAAUAUUUAACGAAUUAAGUAAACCAAUCAUGACCGAGUCAGAAAUUCUUGCAAUGAUCUCACGAUCACAAGAAUUUGAACAGUUAAAAGUUCGAGAUGACGAAAUGGAUGAGCUUGAUCAAUUAAACAAAGAUAAUUGUCAAUUAAUAGCGUAUGGAGGAACUGAAAAUAUUCACGGAAAAGUGAAUAUUUUAAUUCAAACAUAUCUUUCUAGAGGGAAAGUAACAUCCUUUUCAUUAAUUUCUGAUCAAGCAUACAUUAUUCAAAAUGCUGUUCGAAUUAGUAGAGCUCUGUUUGAAACAAUGUUAAGAAAAAAUAAUGCAAUCAUGGCUACACGAUUAUUAAAUAUCACUAAAAUGUUGGAAUCACAACAAUGGGAUAAUGUUACACCAUUAAGACAAUUUUUUUGUCUUGGUCACGAUAUAAUAGAAAAAAUCGACGAAAGACGUUUGACUAUUGAUAGGAUUAAAGAUUUAAGUGUUCGUGAAGUUGGUGAUAUAAUUCGUAAUCAAAAGUCUGCUGCUUUGGUGAAAAAGUGUUGUGAUGAAUUUUCUAAAAUAAAUUUAGAUGCGAGUAUUCAACCGAUUACGAGAACAGUUUUGAGAAUACGAUUAAGAAUAUUACCUGACUACAAGUGGAAUGAUCAUGUUCAUGGAAGAACUUUUGAUCCUUUUUGGAUUUGGAUUGAAGACACGGAUAAUAAUUUUAUUUAUCAUCAUGAGUAUUUUCUUUUAUCCAAAAAAAUGGUGUGUAAUAAAGAAGAACAAGAAAUAAUUAUGACAAUUCCAUUACAAGAACCUCAUCCACCACAGUAUUUGAUUAAGGCCAUUAGUGAUCGAUGGCUUGGAUGUGAAUACGUUCUACCAAUAGCUCUUCAUGAUUUAGUUUUACCAGAAAUAUAUCCUCCACAUACAGAUUUACUGGAACUACAACCACUUCCUGUGACAGCAUUAAAAGAUAAACAAUUUGAAAGUUUGUAUAAAUUUACACAUUUCAAUCCUAUACAAACUCAAAUAUUUCAUUGUCUCUAUUAUACUGAUUGUAAUGUUUUAUUGGGAGCACCGACAGGCUCGGGAAAAACUAUAGCAGCAGAGUUAGCAAUUCUGAGGGUUUUUAAAAAUUAUCCAAAUCGAAAAGUUGUAUAUAUUGCACCUCUCAAGGCUUUAGUUAGAGAAAGAAUACGUGAUUGGAAAGUUAGAAUUGAUGAAAGACUGAACAAACGAGUAGUUGAAUUGACAGGUGAUGUUACUCCAGACAUUAAACAAAUAGCUAAUGCUGAUUUAAUUGUUACAACACCAGAAAAGUGGGAUGGAAUAAGUCGUAGCUGGCAGACGAGAAAUUAUGUUAAACAAGUGAUCCUUAUUAUUAUCGAUGAGAUUCAUCUUUUAGGAGAGGAUCGAGGGCCUGUUUUAGAAGUUAUUGUUUCUCGAACUAAUUUCAUAGCAUCUCAUACGCAAAGAACUUUAAGAAUUAUUGGAUUAUCAACUGCUUUAGCUAAUGCUGUCGAUCUUGCUAAUUGGCUAGGAAUCAAAAAAAUGGGUCUUUAUAAUUUUAGACCGUCUGUAAGACCGGUUCCCUUAGAGGUUCAUAUAAAUGGUUUUCCAGGAAAACAUUAUUGUCCACGAAUGGCUACAAUGAAUCGACCAACUUUUCAAGCUAUUAGGCAACAUGCUCCACUCAGUCCUUCACUAGUUUUUGUUUCUUCAAGAAGACAAACUCGAUUAACAGCAUUAGAUUUAAUUGCUUAUUUAGCAGCUGAAAAUGAUCCAAAACAAUGGCUCCAUAUGCCUGAUGAAGAAAUGGAUAAUAUUCUGGAAGGAAUUAAAGAUACGAAUUUAAAACUGACUUUGGCCUUUGGUAUUGGAUUACAUCAUGCUGGAUUACAAGAAAAAGAUAGAGAAACUGUCGAAGAAUUAUUUGUAAAUAAUAAAAUUCAAGUAUUAAUAACGACUGCAACAUUAGCUUGGGGUGUUAAUUUUCCUGCUCAUUUAGUAGUAAUCAAAGGAACAGAGUAUUAUGAUGGUAAACUGAAGCGUUAUGUAGAUAUGCCUAUCACAGAUGUUUUACAAAUGAUGGGUAGAGCUGGAAGACCGCAAUUUGAUGAUUCCGGAGUAGCAGUGGUCUUAGUACAUGAUUUAAAAAAAAAUUUUUAUAAGAAAUUUUUAUACGAACCGUUUCCUGUGGAAUCAAGCUUAUUGGAUGUUCUUCCUGAUCAUAUCAAUGCUGAAAUAGUUGCAGGCACAAUUGGAAAUAAACAGCAAUUUCUCGACUAUCUCACUUGGACUUAUUUUUUCAGAAGAUUAAUGAAAAAUCCGAGAUAUUAUCAAUUAGAAAGCUUGGAAUCGAACGAAGUUAAUAAGUAUUUAUCUCAACUUGUUGAUGAUACACUGAAAGUUUUGAUAGAAUGUCAAUGUAUUUAUUACGAAGAUACUCAAGACAUCGAAUCUUUGCCUCUGGGGAAAAUUGCAUCUUUUUACUAUAUUUCUCAUAAAACGAUACAAGUAUUUCAUAGUUCGCUGAAAGAAAAUCUCACAUUAAUAGAAUGCCUAAAAAUUUUAUGUAAUGCUCAUGAGUAUGACGAGCUUCCUGUUCGUCAUAACGAGGAUUUGAUAAAUGAAGAAUUAUCACAAUCAUGUCGAUAUCCAGCAGAAAAGCUUACAUAUGAUUCACCGAAUACAAAAGCAUUUUUGCUAUUUCAGGCUCAUUUCUCACGAAUGCAAUUGCCUUCAACUGAUUAUAUAACGGAUUUAAAAUCUGUUUUAGAUCAAGCAAUCAGGAUAUUACAAGCAAUGAUUGAUAUUGUAGCGGAAAGUGGAUGGCUUACUAGUACUUUAAGGCUUAUACAAUUGAUGCAAAUGAUCAUUCAAGCAAGAUGGAUUGAUGAAUCAGCUCUUACUAUUUUGCCUCAUAUUAAUAAAGAAGACUUGCCAUUAUUUUCUAAAUUUCCGAAACCUUUACCAGUUUUUUGUGCCUUUUCUAUGAAAAAUUGGAAACAAAUAUUAAGUACUUUUACAGAACAUUUCACUGAUGAUCAAAUAAAAGAUAUCCAUCAUGCUGUGAUGUCACUUCCUAUUAUAUACGUGAGGUUGAAAUUACAAUCGUCAGAUGAUGACAAUGAAAUAAAAAUCAUCAAUUCAUCAUCUAAACAGAAUGAUUAUAUUGAUGUGAUUGCUAAUCAUGAAUACACUCUUUUAAUCGAUUUAAGAAGAAAAAAUAAUAUUGGAAAUGCGAAAUUAAUUACCAAAUUCCAUAAGAGUAAAGAUGAAGGAUGGUUCGUAGUGAUUGGUAAUGCUAAAAAUAGUGAAGUUUUGGCUUUAAAAAGGAUACCCAUAGUUCAUAAGAACUCUAAGACACAUCAAUUACAAUUUUCAGUACCAGAAUUACCAGGGAGAACAAGAUUAUUCCUUUAUUUGAUGUCAGAUUGUUAUAUUGGUUUAGAUCAACAAUAUGAAAUCCGACUCAAUGUAAGAUGAAUGUAAAAAAAAAUUAUUUUUUAUUUUUGUUAUAUCUGUAUAAUACAAUAAAUAU